GUCGAAAAGCCCGCUGCUGCUGUAUGCAAGGGCACCUAUCUGCCUGCUUUUUUGAUUAUCAACUAUUGCUACUCAGCUGGACAGACUGCAGUUACUUGGUCUCCUUUUCUUUUUCCCUCCAAGAUGUGCCAAUAGUUUGAUUUUCUGCACAUCACCUUACACUUUCGAAUCGGGACUCAAGUCGUCGACCAUCAACAAUGAUCAAAGCCUGUGUCGUCUGAAUUGCUGUGCGCUUGGCUUGCAACCCGUUUUGUUCGGCUCCUACGCACCCCCCCUGCUCCACGAAGCUAUGCCUGCGCCCGGAAGAAAAGACCUACUGUCUCGCAGACGGCGACGACCAGUUGAGGGAGAGGAUGAGGAAUCAGUUGCAGGAGACUUUGACGACUCUAUGAGUGAAGGCUCUUCUGUAAGCGAUGGAGAUGACGAGGCGGAAGUCGAAGGGAGUGGUUCCAGUGAUGAUGAGCAUGGGCCUGCAAAGCACACAAGCACGAAGGGAAGAGGUACUACUGAAUCAGCCACCCAAGAGAUAGUCCCUGCGACCCCCGAAGAAGCUUCCACGGCGAACGGCGCCUUCACAACCACUGCUGAGACACACGCCAUGUUACACGGGGUAAGCCGAGGUCAACGACCCGAAGAGACGGAAGAAAUUCACUUCGAUGAUCUAAGUACUGUGGGAGGGUCAGCCACGGACACAGAAGUUGCUAUUCCCCGAGCACCUCGACACGAGACACCGGCGGAGCGGAGCCUGAGGGAGCACCAAGAAUACAUCAGUCAACGGAAUGUAGACCCUGCGUUUGUGCCCAACAGAGGUAAAUUCUUCCUGCAUGAUGACCGCAAUUCGUCAUCGAAUGGAGCGACCGCCAGACCGUUCGUACUUGGCCGGGGCCGGGCCCGAGGCCAUGGUCCUGCCAUGAAUUCUGGAAGAGGGGUCGGCUUCAACGAACCCACAGAGAGGCCAUGGGCUCAUGAUCUACAUGAGGGCCAUGAGAAGGGACAGAGCUCGGAGUUACCAAGGACACAACCGGUUGCUGAAUCGCGCACAAGUCAAACUGAGAACCCUCGUGGGACGACAGCACCAAAUAGGGUUUUCUCCUUUACGACUGUACUAGGAAAUGUUGCCGUACAGAUAUCGUUUCCAGGUAUGGAACAUAAAAAGUCUGUUCCGAAUGUGGUCAAGAAGCAACACACUCUACUCCCUCAGCACCGCCCGCCUUUGAGACGCGACAAACCGGUGCGUGUCUCCAUUCCUGGUGAGCCACCCAGGUAUAUCUUUCCCAGCACUGAAAGAUCAUUCAUCUUCAUCCCCCGCGCCAUGCGACCCAACAAACAAGCCUACUUCCGUGGCCGUGGUAGAGGAAGCUUCCACGGGAGCCGAAGACCAAGCAUCUAUGGCAGUGCAUACACCCCAAGCAUUGCCAUGAGCCGGAAGUCUUCCUUCGGAGCAUCCACCAUGAGGGAUGGCAUCAGGUCUCCUGCAGAAUCGGUCAUGUCUCGUGCAACUGGUCCUGGUAUGGACCCUACUCGGCCUAUUGUGCGAAUGCCCUCGGGAGUUCCUACGCCUUCUAUUUCGAGGACUGGAUUUCCGAUCGUGAAUGGGCAGAUGGGGGGCAAUGUUCUUCCUGCAAUUAUUCAGACGCCUGCUUUCUACGGUAGCCACAUCACUACCAUACCCAUGCAUCAGCCCAGACCACAGAAAACUGUCUCAGUUGCAGACAUUGAAUCUCCUGCCUCUUUUCCAGUCAAGGCUCCUCUGCAGCAGCAAGAACAACCAUUUCAUCAACAAGUGCCGGCCCAUAUACCUUCGUCUUAUGGCGAAGAAAAAGCCUCCCAGCCUGCCGAACAGAUUUUGCCUGUGAUGGCUGGAACAACACCACUUUCUCAAAUCCCCGAGGGUGCAGUAUUUGCGCAGGGCUUUCAGUCCUAUCCUGUCAUGGGUGGACCGGCCUUCUUCGGAGGGCCAUAUCAAAGUGGACCGGUCUUCUAUCCAGGCAUUGCUGAUAGCAGCUCGUUUACUCUUCCUAUGACCGGUCCUGGCCUAGCCCCAAGCUUCAUACCGGGCUCACAGUCACAUCCAGUCAACUACAUGCAUGCUCCAGGACGUAUGGAAGGUAGCGUCCCUAACAACAUGAUGGCGCAUGAAUCGAACGGUAUGGUCUACUAUUACAACCCGCCAGCGUUCACACCGGAUGCCCAAGGUGGAGCCCAGCAAUAUCCGCUUACGAACGGCAAUGUCAUGACGAUGCCGAAUGGACCUCCCUCUCAACCUUUUUACUACUCUGGAGUACCUAAUGGAAUGUACUAUCCGGCGCAGACAGGUUGAUCUCGACUGCCGGCUACACUCUUUUCAACAAAUUUUGACCUGGAUUUGAUUAGCGGGAUGUGGAGUUACUUUGGCAUUUUGCGGGCCAGCGGGUUUAUCUGAGGCGGACCGGAUGUAAAAAGUGUCGACUUCGUUUCAUCUGUUGCUACUCAUCAUGGCGAAACCUUUCAUAUUGUCAUUCGUGUACAGUAUUUAUUGUUGACUCAAAAAGAGAUUUGUCGAAGGUGGGCAUGCUCCCAGGGCAAUGCGGCUGGAGAAAGGCAAACGUGGAGUUUGAGGCAACAACCACAAGUACAAGGCUGAUUGACGGAUCACAUAAUGAUUGGCGUACCCUGGUCUGUUUCAAUGUAUGGUUUGCAGCUGUAUCGACCGGUCAAGCAAGGAGCAAAUGUCGAGGAGCGACUCCUUAAGGUCCAAUUAUGACAAAAAUCAAUAAGUCCG